AUGUCUGGCCUUGAGCUUAUUGAAGCUCUAGAAGGCAGAUUUCACCGUCUGGAGGAGCUUAUAGGGUCCGGAUACGGCACAAAUUCCGAUGUUUCGGUGAUACUGAAUAAACUUUAUGUACAGUUAAAUCAUCUGUAUUUUCAGGGCCUAAAGUACUCUCAAGAUCUUCUACAACUCUUGAAUGCUUUCAUAAUUGACGAUUCAGGGAACACUAGCGGCCCUGAUGAUGUGCUUAUCUUUGCUAGUUGCUUCGAUGAUAUCUAUACUCUAUAUAGUAAAUUUGAUGAAUUGAACUAUCAAUAUAUGGAGUUUUGCCAAAUCAGUGGAAGUUCACUAGAUCAGAUUCCCCUCAAAGAUGCAAGAAUUGAAAUACAAUACUUGAGGGACCUCCCCAAGCUGGUAGAAAGUUGCAACGCAAUGAUUUUAAGAUCAAUUGCGAUUCUAAAUCGUUUCAUCGAUUGGAAUAUCGAGAUUAAUGACUUUUUUCAAUUCCAAAAGGAAAGGCUGUUAAAUUUACAAAAGCUGAUAUAA